AUGCAGAAGCUGAUCGAUGAUCUCGAAUUGGUCACUGAAAAAAUCAAACUGGGUGGUGGUGAAACGGCUCGUCAACGUCAUUUGUCUAGAAACAAGAUGUUACCACGAGACAGAAUCAACCGCUUGUUGGACCCAAAUACUCCUUUCCUUGAAAUGUCUCCUUUGGCAGGUUACCAGUUGUACGACGAAGAAGUGGCAGCGGGUGGUAUCAUUACCGGUAUCGGUCGUGUCAAUGGUGUGGAAUGUAUGAUUGUGGCCAAUGAUCCCACCGUCAAGGGUGGAUCCUAUUACCCCAUUACAGUCAAGAAGCAUCUUCGUGCUCAGGAAAUUGCCAAAGAUAACAAUCUUCCUUGCAUUUAUUUGGUCGACUCUGGAGGUGCCAACUUGCCUCGUCAAGCUGAUGUAUUCCCUGACCGUGAACACUUUGGUCGUAUUUUUUUCAACCAGGCCAACAUGUCGGCUCGUGGUAUUCCACAAAUUGCGGCUGUGAUGGGUUCAUGCACGGCGGGUGGUGCUUACGUUCCUGCCAUGUCCGAUGAAAGUAUCAUUGUCCGAAAGCAGGGUACUAUUUUCUUGGCCGGUCCUCCCCUUGUCAAGGCAGCGAUUGGUGAAAACAUUAGUGCCGAAGAUCUCGGUGGUGCCGAUCUUCACUGUCGUACAUCCGGUGUGACCGAUCAUUACGCAUUGAACGAUGAGCAUGCUCUUGUCCUUGCUCGUCGUGUGGUGGGCUCCUUGAAUCGUGUGAAGCAGCCUCAGCUUGCCGUGCGAACUCCCGAGGAACCUUUGUAUUCACCUAGUGAAAUUGGUGGUAUUGUGGGUGACAACUUGCGUAAACCCUUUGAUGCCAAGAAUAUCAUUGCACGUAUUGUCGAUGGUAGCCGAUUCGCGGAAUUCAAGGAACACUACGGCACUACUCUCGUCACAGGUUUUGCUCACAUUCACGGUUACCCUGUCGGUAUUGUGGCAAAUAACGGUAUUCUGUUCUCGGAAUCUGCUCUCAAGGGUGCCCAUUUCAUCCAGCUGUGCUCUCAGAGAGGUAUACCCUUGGUAUUCUUGCAAAACAUCACUGGUUUCAUGGUCGGUUCAUCCGCGGAAGCUGGUGGCAUUGCCAAGAACGGUGCCAAACUAGUCACAGCCGUUUCAUGCGCCCAGGUCCCCAAAUUCACCAUCAUCACCGGCGGCAGUUUCGGUGCCGGUAACUACGGCAUGUGCGGUCGUGCCUAUUCCCCUCGAUUCUUAUGGAUGUACCCUAAUGCUCGUAUCUCCGUGAUGGGUGGUGAGCAGAGUGCCAACGUCUUGGCUCAGAUUACCCGAGAGAGCAAGGCAAAGAAGGGUAUUGAGUGGCCCGAGGAAGAACAAGAAAAGUUCAUGGCACCUAUUCGGGAAAAGUAUGAACGUGAAGGUCAUCCUUACUUCUCUAGCGCACGCUUAUGGGAUGACGGUAUCAUCAACCCCCGCGAUACCCGUCACGUUCUCGGCCUGGCAUUGAGUGCCAGCUUGAACGCCCCCAUCGAAAAGACCAACUUUGGCGUUUUCAGAAUGUAA